UGCGUUUGACUUGCGUGUUACUAGUAUGUUAUGUGUGUGUUUAACGUGAACGGCGAUCUUCGGCACUGUGAAAAUCCGCCUCCGCGUUUUGAGGUUUGAGUUGGUUUCUUGUCCCUCUCGAACGUGAGCUGAGGUACGACACCCAGGUGUUGACGAGCUUUUUGGAAACAAAUGUGCUAAUUAGCGGUCUAAGACUUGUCCUUGGUUACAAAGCCUUUCCUGCUGUUCUCUAACAAAAUGGUGUCUGUGUAACAGGAACACCGGGCUCGGUCUCUUUCACGGGCGAGUUUCAUCUCGGUGUGCGGAACUGGGUGGCGCGUUUCAGCGAACGUCAUGUUAGAUUUUUCACACCGGGACCUUUUUUUUAUAAACAUGGCUGUUCAAGUCCUUUGCCAGGAAGUAUACAUCUGGUAUCAUCAGCAUGGGCCAGAGAGAAACUGGGUACGCUGGGAAAGGAAGUCCAAUUAACGCUUAGAUGUCGAUCAUGGAUCUCCUCAGCAGUUUGGAAAUCUACAUCCCUGCGGAGGCUGAGGUGAAAAACAUCCCUUUGUUGACCUUGCCAAAGUCUGUACUCAGAAGAAUGGGCCUCCCUCUACUGAAUGCCUCCAGGAAUCUUGCAGACUCUCCAGAAGGCAUAUGGAUUUCUCCAGCAGUUAUACGGAAGAAAGGCCAGAGACACACAGGAAGUGCAAUAGAUAACAUGACCUCAGUGCUGGGCAAAGAGUUGCGCGCUUCAAGGGGUCCUUUUCGAAUGUCUUUUGUUUCCUCGAACCGUGCAGCUCACGAGGUGCUGAAGGGCACCGUUCCCAAGGCACCUCUAUGUCAAACCUCUCAAUUCCCUUCGGACUCUGCCCCGCGAACCGGUCGAGAUGCUGUCGUCAUCUACCGUGGGCAAGUUUACUUGUCCAUCAGAAUGCCUAGUCGUAGCCAUAGUCAGCGUGGGAAACAGAUGACUUCUCAGCCUGUCACUCCUUCAACGUCCCACUUGUCUUCAAAGAAAAGGAAAAAGACGAUGCUAAGCGACAACAAGCCCAAGAAAAAGCACAACAUGUGUAAAGUAAUGCAUACAGAAAACAAGAAGGAUGACGCACACAGGACAAGAGAUGUUCACUUUCUGCCGAAACCCACUGAGAGUGAGUGUGAAGUGGGCAGCCAGUGUCCUGCAGAUUCUAGAGGAGAGCCGCUCUCAGAGGCCCCCCUGAAGGCAGCUUGCUUUCAGCCUCACAGGGAGCCAGAGGAGGAUCUGGCUGCCGAGGAAGCAGACGGCCCCCGUGAGAACAAUGACAGAGGUGGUAGUCUACAGAUGGACAUCAGGGAAGUUGACCAAAGUAGCAGGGGCAGGGUGGAGCCCCUGGGUGCAGCUGCCGCCUCCACAUCACUGCAGAUGGACUGUGACUUUAACGAGUUGGCACAGGAGGAGAAGAUCGCUCAAAUGAGAGCCAAACUUAGACAGAGCGAAGCUGCUCUAAACCUGCUUUCUUAAAGUGACCUCACAUUUGUUAGCCUUUUUGUACUGAAUGUUUAGAAUGGACUUUUAUACAUUUGUCUUCUGUGAACACAUGCACAUUAAUAAAAGUGGUGUCGAUGGGCUUAUGUGUUUGGGGAUCCUUUUUGUUUUAUUUAGGCGUCCAAAAACAGAUGUUGUACUAGUGUGGUGUUCUCUUCUCAUUAGGUGCAGUUUAUAGCAAGGUCUUCAAUGUUUGGAUGUUUUUGAUGUGUUAGUUCAUUUCCUUUUGAUAAAACCUCAAACCAUAGCAGCGUAUGGUUUGAUUAUUUCAAGCUGUAGUUUGGUCCCAUUUACAAAGUGAACCAAAGGGUUCUUUGUUAAAAUAUUUCUUUUUUCCAGAAUAUAUAAUGCGUUUUUCCUGGUUCAGUAACUAAGACUGUUUUUGUCUUUUUCUUUUUCUUUUUUUUGUAAUCAAGCAUACCAAAUCUACACUUUUGUUUUUGUUUAGUAUGAUAGUUUCCCUGAUCACCUUGAAACACCUCCACAGGUCAUGAGUUGGUCUUAUGUUUGUUGAAAGUGCUCCAAACCAUAAACAAUAAAUAUGACUAAUCUUUGUGCAUAUGUUUCAUAAUGAGACUUUUAAUACUAAGACCUGUGAAAAAUCAUUAUUAUUGCUGUUAUUAUUAUUAUUAUUAUUAUUAUUAUUAUUAUUAUUAUUAUUGUUAUUAUUUGGUGACCUAGUGCUGAAAUGGUUGUGGUGUCACUGUUGUCCUUUCUACUCUGCUUUCUCACUCCUUAAAUUAUUUUUCAUAUGCAGGUCUUACACUUUGACCCUGACAUUUCUUCUGUCAGUGUGGAACAAGAAAGUCAGGACUUUGAAUUGUGACAUAGUGACUGUGCUCACACUCACCUCUCUGCUUUGGUCCCUGAAUGAUUCAAAAAUGUUUAGCAUGGACUCAUCUAGUGUUUUAAGGUUUUCAUUUCUGUGUUUGAAAUUCAUUUCUAUAGAUGUAUAUCUGAUUGCAAAAUAUGUUUGCAUUAAAAGCAAUCUGUAUGGGG